AUGCUUCGAGGUGCUUUCGUGCUCUGGAACCUCUGCUUCUUCGAUGUGGAGAGGAGCCUGGCACGCAGGCUGCAGCAGAACACACAUUACCCCUUCCAGGUGCAGCAGCCCAAUGUGUUCGUCAUGGAGUAUUACAAGGACACACUAUGGAAGGGGACCCUGAUCUUCCUAAUCUGUGUCCUGGGUGGUGUCUUCUACUUCAAGAUCCUCCAGCUACUUCCCCAGCCAGGGAGCCAAGACCAGCAGGUGCCUCUGGCUCCAGUCCCACCCCUACCCUGCCCCUCCCCGGCUCUGGGUCUUGGCUCCUGGGUCCGUCCCCUGCAGGUCUUCCAGGAUUACUCCGGCUUCUUCGUCUACGGGACCCUGGUCGGCUUCUGGCUCCUCCUUAGCUCCAUGCACAAGCGGCACCUGGUCAUCAACCACGUCCAGGGCUGCUACCAGAUCUACAUCAAGAGGCGGCUGUGGGAGGAGGGGCCCCUACACCAGAUCUACGUCCGGCUGACGGCCCAGAUGGACGCCUACGGGAAAUGUUUCUACAGUCUCAUCAUCAAUGGCCACGGGCUGGAGGUGCUGGUCCUGGCCAACCUGUCGGACAAGUACGAGCACAUGGAGUUCUUGGGCAGGCGGAUUGCACGCAAGCUGAAACUCAACUACUUCGACUACCUGGAUGUGUCCACGCGCCAUGUGAUCCGCCACCGGCCCCCGCUGGAGCGGGACGAGGAGCUGCAGGUGUGGGGAGGGGCAGUGCCCCAGUAAAGCUUGGCCUCCCUCUCUGCUCGCAGCUGUUUGCACUGGGGGGCCCUGCUGGUCCCACCCGCUCUGGGCCUGUGGGGGGGCAGCCCCCUGCAGCGUAUCUGCUGGGGCUUUGCCCCGUCCCUAGCCCUGGCGCCCACCGAGUGUCACCCCUCCCAGCCCCACAGCCCCUCUGCGACUGGCCAGGGGAGGCAGCCUGGGCUCCUCGGUCCCUCCUUGGGGCGAAGGCGGGUGCCUCCCACGUUGGCCUCUGGGGGACCAGCCCUGCAGCUGUGCCAACCACCCAAUCAAAGAGCUCCCAGGCCUGCCAGGGGCUGACUCCCCUUCAUGUCCAGGAGGGAGCAGCUGCCAGCCCCCUCCCCCGGCAUCUCAAACCUGCCCCUCCAGCACAGAGUUAGCCCCCCAGUCUGCCCCAGUGCCCCAGGAUCCCCCUGGCUGUGCCUGUUCAGAGCAUCACCCCACUGGCCCAGUUCCCCCCCCGAGGG